UUUUUCUGCUUUAACGUAUACAUGAAGUGCCUAUUGUAAUCGCGACAUUUAAAUUUUUUUAUGAAAUCUUGGCGGUUGUCUGUCAUAUGAUCUGUUACAGUGUUGUAGGUUAGGUGAUCAAACAGAUUGGCGCGUUAUGCUAGAGUAUACUGUAUGAUUAAUUAAUAAUUAUAUCAUAAUCGUUUUGUACAUUCAAGAUCUGUAAUCACAGACUGAUUGUUCCAUAACACACGACAUAUUUAUCACAAUUUAAUUUAAUCAAGAAACGAGUUUGUCAUAUUGCAAUGGCAGCAAAGGUGGCAAAGAGAGCACCGCGUAAAAAAAACGGUUAUCAAAUGCCCGAGGCAUUACCACCCGGAGAAAUUCUCACAGACAUAUCGAAAAAACAAUGGAUUCUUGGCAAGUCGAUCGGCGUUGGUGGUUUUGGCGAAGUUUACUCUGCGGCAUUAUAUUCUGGGGCUAUUCCAAAAGAUUAUCCCAAUGUUAUAAAAAUUGAACCACAUGGAAAUGGUCCAUUAUUUGUAGAAAUGCAUUUCUAUAUGAGGAAUUGCAAGCCAGAUGAAAUUAAUAGUUGGCAAAGAAAAAAAAAUCUUACGGCACUUGGAAUGCCUAAAUAUGUUGCUUCUGGAAGUCAUGAAUAUAAAAAUACAAAAUAUCGAUUUUUAGUAAUAGAUCGAUAUGGAACAGAUUUAUGGAAAAUUUUUGAAGCAAAUAAUAAACAAUUCUCAGAACAUACAGUAUAUAAACUAGUUUUGCAAAUAAUAGAUAUAUUAGAAUACAUUCAUCAUAAAAAUUAUGUACAUGCUGAUAUCAAAGGUGAAAAUUUGUUACUGGACUUACAAUCUUAUAAUCAAGUAUACUUAGUGGACUUUGGAUUAGCUUCUCGCUGUACAACAAGCACUGAAUUAAAAGUUGAUGUAAAAAAGGCACACAAUGGGACUUUACAGUAUACAAGCAGAGAUGCCCAUAUGGGAGUACCAACACUGCGUGGUGAUAUUGAAAUUUUAUGUUAUAAUAUGAUAUUUUGGCUAUGUGGUUCACUUCCAUGGGAGAAAUUAAUCGAUAAAGUUACCGUCCAGAAAGAGAAAGAAAAAGCUUUUGGGAACAUAAAUAGCUUCCUGAACAAGUGUUUCCAUGGAUCAGUUCCACAAGCUGUACAUGAAUUUAUGACUUUAUUAAACAACAUGAAGUUUAAUGAAAUACCCUGUUAUGAAAAAUUUAAAGAUAUAUUAAUAGCUGGUCUAAAAAAACUAAAUCAUAAACCAGAUGGAAAAUUAGAAUUAAAAAGUACAUCUAAUCAACAACAUUCUACUAAAUCUACGCCACAAAAAGUAAAUAAAUUUGUAGAGCGAGUUAGAAAAAGUCCGCGUUCAAAACAUUUAGAUAUUCCAAGCAAUACAUUAAAAGAUAAUCCAAGAAAAAGUACCAUAGGUGUUGUUAUUGAUAAAAAGCGCGGUAAUAAGAAGGAUAUUAAAAAGGUACUAGAAGGUAUAGAUCCUGACGGUGUAUACGAUAUUAAAAUUGUUCAAAAAACAAAAGAAACAGAAAAAACAAAAACAGAAUUCGUUGACGAAGUACCUAAAGCAACAAAGGAUACAACUCUUUUGAGUAGUAGAAAAAAGAUGCGAGUCAAUUAUAUUGACGAUGAUUCGGAAAAUGAUUCAAUAGAGCCAUUGAUAAAGCGUUCACAUAAAAUACGACAGAAGAAACCAAUUAGUAAAAGACGGAAAUUCGUGUCUUUGGAUAAUUCAACAACCGCUUCUGAAACUGAACCUGAGGUGAUAUCAAAAGGAACAAGGUCAAGACCUGCUACUAUUAAAGGGAAAGUAACCACCAAGAACACAUUACAAUCCAGAAAACCAACACUGCCUGAAACUGAGUCGGAGGAGGAUAUGUUUGAUAUUUAGUUAUUCGAUAAUUGAGAUAAUAAAAUACAUAAAAUAUUGUAAGAAAUAUAAAAAUUACCCAUAACACACACUACGUAUCUUGUGUCAAUUCAUAUUUUUUUGUACGACUUAUAUAUAUUAAAUAUUAAUGACCAGCAUAAUAUUAAUUUUUAUAUGUAUAUCUAUGUAUCACAUCAUUAUAAUAUUCAGAUUAGAUUUUUGUAAA